UGUAGGCCAUAAAGAAAAGCAAAGCUUGGCUUGAGAAACUUUAAACAUCAAGGCCAGCCUUGUUCAUAAGCACCUGCAAACAGGAGAGACAGAGAGAGAGAACCCAUCAUUCCAAAGCAAAAGCGAGAGAGAGAGAGAGAGUGAGAGAGAGAGAGAGAGGGAGGAAAUUCAAGGGAGAAGGGUUUCCGAGAAGAGAGAGAAAGAUGAUGCAAACACAGAGGCAGGCAUAUGAACAACAGCAACAAGCACUCACACAAUCAGGGCAAAUCUCUGGAAGUCUAAGCUUCAACGGAACCCUAACAAAAGAAGACGAAGAGAUGUCAAAGUCGGCUCUCUCUACGUUUAGGGCAAAGGAAGAAGAGAUCGAGAAGAAGAAACUUGAGGUUAGAGAGAGAGUUCAGGCUCACUUGGGACGCAUUGAAGAAGAAAGCCGACGUCUAUCUACUAUUCGCGAGGAGCUUGAGGCACUAACAGAUCCAAUGAAGAAAGAAGUCUCACUUGUUCGUAAGAAGAUCGACUCGGUCAACAAGGAUUUGAAGCCAUUGGGGCAAACUUGUCAGAAGAAGGAGAAAGAGUACAAAGAAGCUCUUGAGGCUUUCAAUGACAAGAACAAGGAAAAAGUACAGCUAAUUACCAGAUUGAUGGAGCUGGUGAGCGAAAGCGAGAGAUUGAGGAUGAAGAAGCUGGAGGAGUUGAGUAAGAGCGUU